ACAGCCGUUGCCUUCAAUCUCUUGGCUCUCCUCUUUCUUAGCCACUUGAUGAUUCCCAAAUCUCGCGUAUACACGACGCCAUACUUUGAGCUCUCCCACUACAACCCCGACACCGGACUGUACGCGAUUGGUGGAAAUGACUUUUAUUUUGUCAUCUUCUUUGUCGUCUUCUUCACUGGUCUUCGCCAUGCCGCGAUGAGCUUUGUGCUUUGCCCCCUGGCACGACGCGGUGGCAUCUCCAAGAAGAAAGAAGUGGCUCGGUUUUCUGAACAGGCGUGGAAUAUUAUCCACUACUCCAUCUUUUGGCCGCUUGGUCUUUACAUCUGGUACUCGUCUCCCUACUAUCUCAACAUGACCGAGCUCUGGAGCAACUGGCCCAGCCGCGAGAUUAGCGGAACCAUGAAGUUCUACUUUCUUACGCAGUUGGCGUUUUGGCUUCAGCAAAUGCUUGUCGUCCACAUCGAGAAGCAGCGCAAGGAUUACUGGCUGACAAUUGUGCAUCACCUUGUCACCAUUGGGCUGGUUGCCGCGUCGUACUCGUACCAUUUCACCCGUGUCGGCAACCUGACUCUGAUAAUUAUGGACGUUGUCGACGUUAUCUUUCCGCUCGCCAAGUGUGCCAAAUACCUGGGCUACAGAAGACUCUGCGACGGUCUCUUUGGCGGCUUCGUCGUCAUCUGGCUCGCAACUCGCCACGUAUUCUUCCUCAUGGUCAUAUACAGCGUUUACUGCGACACGCGUCGACUCGUGCCGCACGCCUGCUUCCAAGGAUCCAUGGCCAACCUCCAGGGCCCGCUGCCCCAGCCCCGCGGAUGGUCUCUGCUUGAGCCAUUCUACUCGCCACAAGGCAUGAUUUGCGCCAACAGGAGCAUCUUUAUUGGCUUCUUUGCGUUCCUUGUUGCUCUGCAGGGCCUCAUGGUGAUUUGGUCCUACGCCAUCCUCAAGGUCGCGGCGCGAGUGCUCAGCGGCAAAAACGCCGAAGACAUCCGAAGCGACGACGAAGACGAGGCGACUGAGCUGGAAGGCAAGGAUCCCGCCGAAUUCGAGUCUUUUGAUUACUGGGGCCGGACCGUGUACGAACCCAAACCCAAAGCCGAGCCCAAAGCGCCGCUGGUGAAGAAGGGGGAAGUAAAGGAAGGAGAACAAGUAGCCCAGGCGGACAAUGGCGGCGCCAACGGGUGGGAGGGCCUCCAUAGACACUCGAACGCCGUCUCGAGCGGGUUGUAUCUGCCCGGCCAGAGCGAGCAUAAGGAGCUUCUCAACCGGAUUGACGCGCCACGCAGAUGGGCCGACUAA